UUAUUGUCAGCCAGAAUGAUGGACAUGGACAUGUCGGGUUCCAGUUCGUCCAUGGACGAGUGUUCCAUGACGGUAAGCCACUCAUCGAUCAUGAUCAAGACAAUUGCUAACUCUCUAGAUGCUGUGGAAUUGGGAAGUCAUCGACUCUUGUAUGUCUCGAUGGAAUAAAUACUCGACACUCGCUAAUUGCUAGGCUUCCUCUCUGCCACAUGGCGCAUCACUUCCGCCGGCAUGUUUGCCGUCUCCUGCAUUGGCGUUGCUUUUCUGGUCAUCACCCUGGAGUUUCUCCGUCGCAUUUCCAAAGACUACGAAGAUAGCAUCCAGCGACAGUUCCAGCGCCAUGUUGCAGCCCAGACAGACGAUGUCAAGUAUCGCUUUGCAUGCGGCGACACUAACACGCCCAUGGUGAUGACCUUUCGUGCCAGUCCUUUACAGCAGAUUGUCCGCUCGUUCAUCCACAUGGCGCAGUUUGCCGUGGCGUACAUCAUCAUGUUGAUCGCGAUGAACUACAAUGGCUUCAUGAUUAUCUCCAUCUUUAUCGGGGCAUUCCUGGGCAAGUUAUUCUGCGACUGGGGGCAGUAUAAAGUGGUCAUUGGCAUGCAAUCGAAUCCCUCUCCCAAACAGGCUGGUCCUGUGGGAAUAGAAAACGAGCCCACGUCUUGCUGUGGGUAGUCGUCUCAUCAAUGGAAACUCGUAAUGUCUAUCUAUCCUCGCGAACAAGAUUCCGGUACUGGUUAUUCGGAUCCUGUUCCUCCUCUUCCGCGGAAGGAAUCGUCUUUCUCACUCUGCAUGGAGCGCCCACGGCCACUGAGAACGGCGGGAUAUCUUUCGUCACGAUCGAACCAGCUCCAAUCGUCGAGCCCUGUCCAAUGCGAACACCUGGCAGAAUCACCACAUUGCCCCCGACCCAACAGUCAUCCUCGAUAAACACCGGAUGGCCGAAUUCCACAAACUUCCUGCGCGACAGAAUGCUGGUGUCGUGGCCGGCAGUGAAGAUACUCGUGUUGGUUCCGAUCUGCACUCGAUCGCCAAUCACCACCAGGCUCGUGUCCAACACCGUCAAG